UGAAGCUUGUUGCUGAGAUGAGUAGUUUUAGUGUGAAUGGCACUGAUGAGAUUCAAUCUAUUGUGUUCUUGAAUACUUUUCGGAUGAGAGUUAUGAUCAAACUCAAACAUACUCUCAAAUAUGGAAAGAUUCAAUUACACAGAAAGAAGUAGGGGUGACCAUUUUACCAGAUAUCCGAACGACCUGAAAAAUUUGAAUUAAAUUCGAACCGCAGUGGCAAAAUACCCGAACGAGUAUUUAAUUAGGAGAUACUGGAUAUCCAGAUUCGAAUGAGUAAUAUUCGAAUCCGAAUGGAUAUCCGAAGAUAAUCGAACAUAUGAAUAAUUGACUCUAUACAGUAUUUCUAGUUUACUUCUUUAAUUUAAUUCAAAAUAUUUAUAUUGGUUCUGUGCAUGGUUAAAAAUCAGAUAAUAUACAUAUUGGUUCUGUACAUGGUUCACUCUCGCCCCCUCCCCACCAUCCUCGAUUUCACCAGAGUUUUGACCGCCAUCCCCAAGAUGAACAAGCACCACGACGCCGUCGUCUACCUCUGCCGCAAGAUGGAAGCUCUGGGGAUCUCGCACGACCUCUACACCUGCACCAUCUUGAUCCACUGUCUCUGCAGAUGCUCUCGCCUCUCUCUCGCGAAGAUGACGAAACUCGGGAUCGAGCCCAGCGUCGUCACCCUCGGCUCCCUCCUCAACGGAUUCUGCCGCGGGAAUAGGUUUCGCGAGGCUCUGUCUCUCGUUGAUGCCAUGGGGUGUGAACCUAACUUCGUCGUCUACAACACCGUGAUCAACGGUCUUUGCAAGAACGGAGAGGCCGAUAAGGCUUUGGAGGUUUUAAGACUGAUGGAGAAGAAAGGAAUCAGAGGGGAUUCUGUUACCUACAACACUCUUUGUAGCUCUGGUAGAUGGAGCGAGGCGGCUCGGCUAGUGAGAGAUAUGAUCAAGAGGAGGAAGCUUGAUCCCAACGUGAUCUUUUACAGCGGGAUGAUCCAUGUGUUUGUGAAAGAAGGGAAUCUCUUUGAUGCUGUGAACUUGUACAAGGAGAUGAUCCGGAGAUCUGUGGAUCCUAACGUCUUCACUUACAAUUCACUCAUCAACGGCCUUUGCAUUGAUGGCCGGUUAGGUGAGGCCAAGCGAAUGUUCGAUUCCAUGCGCUGUUCUCCGGAUUUGGUGACGUAUAAUACUCUCAUAAAGGGGUUUUGCAAGUCUAAGAGAGUAGAGGAUGGGAUGAAACUCUUGUGUCAUAUGUCUCGUGAAGGAAUCAUUGGCGACGUUUUCACUUACAACACUCUUAUCCACGGAUAUUGCCAAGCGGGGAAACUCAGUGUUGCGCUAAAGGUUUUCGGUCGGAUGGUUGAUUGUGGCGUGGCUCCUGAUGUUGUUACCUACAACGUUUUGUUGGGUUGUCUGUGUAGUAAGGGGAAGGUAGAGAAAGCGAUGGUGAUGGUAGAGGAUAUGGAAAAGAGAGAAGGAAUGUAUGUUGAUAUCGUCACGUAUAGUAUCAUCAUACGAGGGAUGUGUAGAAGUGGUAAGGUGAGAGAGGCUUGGUGUUUGUUUUGUAGCCUCGCUCUCAAAGGAGUGAAGCCUGAUGCUAUAGCGUAUAGAACAAUGAUAGCAGGAUUGUCUAGGAAAGGCCGGCGGCGUGAAGCUGAUAAGCUGUGUAGAAAAAUGAAAGAAGAUGGGAUUAUUAUGCCAAUUAAAUGCAUACAUAAUGAUGAGACACUUAGAGAUCACCACGCAAGCUCAUCAUUGGCUGAAUUUAUCAAAGUUAUCCAUGAGUAAAAGUUAGAUCCUAGUAACAAAAUUAUGAAUGUAAAAUUUGUUUUUGUUUUGUGUUAGUACUCUUUUUUAUGCAAUUUUAUUAUGUGCCAAGGCGUUGGCCAACUAUUGAUUGUUGUAAAACUGAAACCAUAUAAAGCAAAGUGUAAGUAAGUUGUCAAAAAAUUUGAAUAACUCACUUCUUUGCUCUCAGCUCAAUGAAACACCGCUUGAUGUAUUAUUUUGACACUUGAAUCUAUGAUGAACCUUUUUUUUGGUGAAUCUAUGAUGAACUUUAAUUUGGUUUGUUAGUAUUUGAUUUUCUUCUAUGAAUGUGGAACUUGAUGUUCUAAUUUUUUUUUUUUUUGAUAACUUGAUGCUCUAAUAAUCGUUAUUUUAUAGCACCAACUAAUAAUGGUAUCUUCCCAUUAAGAAAUGGUUUGAUACAUGUUGAUAUCGAUAUUGCAAGCGUUUUUGGCGAGAUGCAAUAAGCUUAAAAUGCCCUCAGAAAUUAAGGGUUAUCAUCUCUGAAAUCUCAUAAUCUAGGGAGGGGGGGGAGCCUUGGUACUUGCAAUACGGCUACCCAGAUC